CGCACAAAAAUGGCCGGAGCAAGCCCCGGUGCUCAAGUAGCCAGCCGGAACUCCGAUGAUAACAAGAAAGGAUCCGGCAAAUUCGAGAGCACGACAGAAAUGAUCUUCGAGUUCCUCGAAGAGAGCGAACUCUCAUCAGGAAGUUCAUGCAAUUCCGGCAACAGCUACGACAGCGGCGAGCUGGAAGAAGAAGAAGAAAAUUCCUGCGAUUCGGAGGAGAACAGAUCAUUCUGGGAAGCUCAAGAACAACUUCUCACGGAUCAUCUUUUUAGGACUAGUUCAAUCGAAUCAAAUAUUAGAAAGGCAACUAAAGAGAUCAUAAAAGAGCUGAAAUCGGCAGCCGUUGGUUGCUGUGAUUGUGGCAAGACGGUGGCUGAUGGUUGCCGGAGGUGUUUCCAGAGGGAAGUCUCCGAUCGAUUACGAAAAUUGGGUUACAACUCUGCCAUCUGCAAGGCCAAGUGGAUGAACCUAAAAGAAGUCCCAGCAGGGGAACACACAUAUAUAGAAGUAUUGGACACUUCAAAUUCUAAAAAGGGGGUUAUACGAGUGAUUGUCGAGCUAAAUUUUCGAGCCGAAUUCGAGAUGGUCAAGGCUAGCCAAGAAUACAUCCGUCUGAUUAGCCGGCUACCUGAAAUAUACGUCGGAAAAACAGAAAGACUCGAGUUGUUGAUCAAGACACUGUGUUCAGCGUCGAAAAAAUGCAUGAAGGAUAGGAAAAUGCACAUUGCUCCAUGGCGGAAGCUGAAAUACAUGCAAGCGAAAUGGCACGGGGUACGUGAAUCAGAAUCACUGUUAUCGCCCGAAAUUUUGUCGGCUGUUGAGCACUCAAGCCGUUUAUCGAGGCCGAUGAUUUCGUUGCUUACGUUCGAUUUGGUUGACAACUUGUCUUCUAGUCUACAUACCAUGGCGAUUAAAGUUUUGUAACC